GCAACACCACUCUGAUGAAUCCUCAGACCUAAAACCUGCAAAGGUCAGUGAACAGAACAGGAUCCCCCCUUCCCUUCCUUUGGAUAAGUCUACAGCCAAGAUUUCACUGAAGCUGCCUGAAGAGGAAAGUAAAAAGAAGACGUGCCAACAGCCAAGAAGGAGUGGAGGCUGGGUUUGGUGGUGAGGAGUCAGGUCAUCAGAGCCGGAGGGUGUCUCCUUCUUAAGUGUGCAAUUAGGACCUCAAUAAAAGGUCCCAGCACACACCGUCGGCACACAGCCCGCUACCCACGUCGCACUCGCUCUCACCCGUGAACCAGUCUCUCUGAGCUUGCAAAGAUGCCUCGGCUCCUGAGAGGUGUCCUCUGUGUAAUGGAGACGUUCCACAAGUACGCCAGAGAGGACAAGGCUACGCUGACCCACAGAGAGCUGGAGCAGCUGCUCCAGGGCGAGCUUGCGGACUCUAUCCAGCCACAUGUCAUUCAUGCUGUGCAGAGAAAUUUGAAUCUUCUGGGUAUUGACAGUGCCGACACCAUUAGUUUUGAUGAAUUUGUUCUGGUGAUAUUCAACUUGCUGAACCUCUGUUAUUUUGACAUGCAAUCAUUACUGAAUUCAGAACCAAGACAGGUGCUUAACCCACACAAUGUGGAUCUUCAGGUGACUACCAGAAAUGGUCAGCAGACAGGGGGAACUCUGCCAACUCAAGACAAGGUUGUGACAUCAUCAGCUGAGCUCAGCACUGAAGAAAGUAGGGUAGUUGGACGCCAUAGAGGGGACCCACAGGGAGGCAGCAAGACUCACAACCUGCCAGGAGAAACUUCUGAGCAGAAUGACGUGAAAAUCCAACAGCUAGAAGCAGAUGAACAAAAUCAGGAAGCAGCUCCAAAGGUGCUAGCAACAGAGGAUAAUGGAGCCCAACUUAAAACAAGUGAGUCAUUAUCAGGAUCAGAAGAGACUAGCAGUCCUACAAAGAGGGAGGCACAGACUAGGGAGAUCCCCAGGGAAGGAGAUAAACCAGCCAGGGAGCAAAGGGGCACCAAGACAAGAGACCAGCAGGGAGAAGAGGAACGGAACUUGAAACAACAACAAGAAACAACACAGAGACCAUCUGAAAACCAGGAAGUUGCUGCAAAAAAGGGUACUAAGAAACACUCGAAAUCACAAGGCCCGCCCCUGCAAGGAGUUGAACCCCGUGCAGAGCGGGCUGACCUGCCAGAACGCACCUCUGCCAGGAAACCCUCUCUGACACAGAAGUCAGCUGACCCAGAGGACGGGAGCAGAACGUCUGAGAUGGAACAACCCAGCAAGGCUGCUGCCGGGACACCAUCCGGCACCAGGAGCUCUGAUGCACUUGAUGGUUAUGGUGAAGCGUCUGAGGCCCAAAAACCACCAGCACACGAAAGGGAGCAUGAAACACAGAAACUUCCAGUCCACGGCGUUUCAGAAACACUGGGCAUUAGAGCUGAAAGGAAGGAGGGAGGAAGUCUUCAGCCCCAUGGAUCAGCAAGGCAGAAAGAACAGCAGAGAAAAACUCAGCCGCCAGCCCUGGAAGCCCGAACACAAGAUGAAAAGGAUCAGAAACUACAGGGAUCAACAAACGAAAAAGAUGCUGAGAAAGGCUCCGAGUCACAAGAUCUGAUCUCAGAAGACAGAAAUCAGAAUAGCCCUGAAAUUGAGGGAAAAUACCCUGAGGAAAGCCCAGAGGAAGAAUCUGUGAAUAGCAAAAAUGGCCCUGCAGCUAAAGGGACCCCCAGAGCAAGAGAAAGAACAGAAGAGUCUGUGCCACCUGAGCACCAGCCUGGAGCAGAAAACGGUGGAGUCGUUGAGACCUGUGACAACCCAGCCGCCGCAGACGAUGGCUGUGGGGACGAGGAGCCUGAGUCACAGGUUACACAGGAUGAAGAGGGGACUUCUGGAACUCCCCACGGCCUGGCUCCAGAGGAAGGUGACCAGAGCUCCGAGACAGGUGGGCUGCCUGUGCCAGGGGAGCCCCAGGGUCAGGAAGACCCACACAGAGAGCCUGAGAAAGGAAGUCACAAUGAUAACCCAGACACUCAGAAGCAGGAAGCCCCAGGUGAGAGAAACAGAGCCCAGGAGGUGGCGGUGCUGUCAGCAGAAGGAGAAGGUGUACAGCUUGCCGAGGGCCAGGAACCGGCUGCCAGAGAAUGCAGAAGUCAAGGCUCGGGGCUCAAAGGUCCAGGUGCAGCUGUGCAGCCUGAUGGACACUCAGAGACACAAGAGUCCACAGACAGGGGUGAAAACACAAAGUCUCUGAGGACAGACAUCUCAGCAGCCCUGGCUGCAGACUUCAGUGACCAGUGUUCCUUAAUGCAGCUCCCUGAGAAGGCAGAUGGUAGAAGACAACUAAAGAUCCAGGGCCCAAGAACCAGAGAAGAGGAAGAGGGUGCAUCAGAGACCCAAGAGGCUCUGUUAAAACGCCUGGAUGAGCACAACUCAGCCUCCCCCAAGACACGUUUUGAAACAGAGGAACCUGCAAUAUUGGAGGAGGAGGAUGGACAUCCCCAUCAGCUGGCAGGAGGACAUGAUGACCAACAAAAUCCAACUAAGAAAGACUAUGCCUCUGCAGUCCCACGGCCAGGCCUUGAACAGAGGAUGCGGACAGCCCAAAAGCCUUCUUCCAGGGAGACAGCCACAGUUCGUUCCAGUCCACUGUACCAGUAUGUGCAAGAGAAGUUACUGGAGCAAACACACAUUACCCAAGAGGAGCUUCAAAACCAAGAUAAGACAGCCCACACGUUGGACCAAGAGCUCCAGAAGAUACAGCCGAGGGCAUUUCUCACCAAUAAGAACUCAGACUGUCCUGCCUUUUUCAACCACAGUCAAGCAUCACAACAGCUCACCAGGGAAUUUCUGCCUGAUGAGGAUCAGACAUCAGCUCCGUGGGCCUCAGAAGAUAAGCAGGGUCGCCCUCAGAGAGAGGAACCAGUACCACAUAGGGAGUGACCAGCAAAACGCGAUGAAUGGUAAUCUUCAUCACCGGAGAAGUUACAAGGGACUUCAUACGUCUUUGCAUGCCCCAGAUUUCUUCCUUCCUGAUCACCCUCAAUACUCACGCAGAGAUUCCAACGCAGAUAAACUCUCAGAGGCAGAUUUCAAAUCCUUUACAUUUCUUUCCCAAGAAAUAAUAAUGUAUUCAGCAGGGCAAACCACCAUCGAAGAAUUGUCUGACCAAAAAGAUACAGUUGGUAAAAAUCCCACCAUAUGGUGCUACUAUUGUGUGCCAAAAUGGACAUACUCAUGAACAAUUUAUCUCAAUUUACCUGGCACUAAAAACAGAAAAAAAAACCCUUCCACAUCUUUAGCAUGUUACAAUUUCUUCAUCUUUUCUCUUGGCUUUUUAAAAUGCAGCAGUAGGAGGUUAUGAGCAAUAUGAUCUUCUAGUCAUCAAUAUUAAUGUAUAGACACAGAUUAUUCUGCUUUAUGACAUUUUCUAGAGGGAUUUCUAGUUCAUCCUAAAAUGUUAGCCCUCAAAAUAAGUUCAGAUAUCACCAUAACCUAGAAAUAAUUAUAAUUUCUAGUACCAGAUUAAAUGCAUGAUUCUUUGCUCAUAUCCAAAUCCUGCUGAAUCUGUUCUUUGGAUUCAUUUGUUCAUUUAUGCAUUCAACAGAUUCCAAUAAACCCUACUCCUUAUAAAACCUUUUCAUAGCCUCUGGUUCAAAUAAGCAAUCAGAAUAAUUAUAUGAGAGAAAGAAGAUAUAAAGUAUGCUUGGGCCGGUGCCAUGGCUCACUUGGCUAAUUCUCCGCCUGCGGUGCCGGCACCCCGGGUUCUAGUCCCAGUAGGGGCUCUGAAUUCUGUCCAGGUUGCUCCUCUCCCAGUCCAACUCUCUGCUGUGGCCCGGGAAGGCAGUGGAGGAUGGCCCAGGUACUUGGGCCCUGCACCUGCAUGGGAGACCAGGAGGAAGCACCUGGCUCCUGGCUUUGGAUUGGUGCAGUGCGCCAGCUGUAGUGGCCAUUUGGGGGUGAACCAAUGGAAAAGGAAGACCUUUCUCUCUCUCUCUCUCUCUCUUUCUCUCUCUCACUGUCUAACUCUGCCUGUCAAAAAAAAAAAAAAAGUAUGCUUGGUUCCGUAAGAAAUUCUUGUAGCCAAUAAUCCAGUCUACUAAGCAUUUACCUAUAUAGUUUGCUGAUGGCAUUGAAUUAAAACUGAUAAUUAAAUAAUCUCAUGAACAAUUUA